UUUCAUUUGGUCGAAGCGUAAACAAUGUAUUGUUUUAGUGCAUUCAAUAUGUCGAGUUUUGUGCCAACGAAACUGUUAAGUAUAUGAAUGUAAUAAGGAAGGUGCGCGCGCAAUACAGUUGCAGUUAGUCAGGCGCGCAAGCAAUAAAGCAGUUCAGUUCAGUCAGCAUACAUAAUCUUGUGAUUAUUUCUGUAAAGACAUAACAAUUGGCGACGAGGUAAAUUCGCCGACAUUGCAUAGUUUUAUUGCCUCAAUACGUGCCACGAGGCGUUGGGCAACAUAUUCGCUCAUAGCCUUCCAUUUAUUAUCGGACACACGAUAGUUAACCUCAAAGUUUGGCGUCACGAUGUCCCCGGCAAUCGCAACCCAAUUGUACAGCCACUAUCGGGUCGAUCGAACCGUUCGUUCCCGGUAAGACGGUAUCAUGGAAAUCAUAUAUGGAGCGUUUGCAAUUUUAUUUGGAAAUAAAUAAUAUUACGCAAGACGGACACAAGCGAGCCGCAUUAUGCACGCUCGUCGGCAGUCAAGUGUACGAUACUAUUAAAUCGUUAGUAGCACCGGCGACUGUAAGUCAAACGCCGUUUCAAGACAUUGUUGCUAAAUUAAACGAUCAUUACGAGCCUGCACCGAACAAAUGGAAUUGCGGAAAUUGGCUCAACACUGCGACUUUGGUGCCACGUUAGACGAAACAUUAUGUCUUCGUUUAGUGUGCGGGGUUCAGGAUGAACGCUUACAACAAAAGUUACUCGCCACUACGCAUCUUACGUUACAGAUCGCACAGGAAAAGGCUGUAGCUCAUGAGUUAGCUAUAACUGAGUCUCGCGACAUGAGAAGUAUAAUUCCGCAGAAAUCAGAGGUACGAUUAGUCGAGCAAAAGGACAAAUCGCAGAAACAUAGGAAGGAAAAGACUCCUGUAGAGGUACAUAAGGCAUGUUAUCGCUGCGGUAAAACUAAUCAUCCACAGUCUAAGUGCCUAUUUAAAGACAGUAUUUGUCACGCCUGCCAGAAGAAGGGCUACAUCGCAUCAGCAUGCUGAAGUAAGAA